AUGGCUGUGCCAAUUUCUACCGUCGCAGAAAGCAAGGAGCUCCGCGGUCUCAACCUCAUUGCGGCCCACUCACACAUUCGCGGUCUCGGUGUCGAUGCAGACUCUUUACAGCCUCGCGGUGCCUCUCAAGGCCUUGUUGGGCAAGAGAAGGCCCGGAAAGCUGCUGCAGUCAUCCUUCAGAUGGUCAAGGAGGGUAAAAUUGCGGGUCGCGCCGUGUUGAUUGCCGGCCCCCCCAGCACUGGUAAAACUGCUAUCGCGAUGGGUAUGGCGCAGUCGCUUGGAUCAGAUGUUCCUUUCACGAUGCUUGCCUCCUCAGAGAUCUUCUCAAUGGAGAUGUCAAAAACAGAAGCCCUGACGCAGGCGUUCCGAAAGUCAAUUGGGGUGCGGAUCAAGGAAGAAAGUGAAAUCAUUGAGGGCGAGGUCGUUGAAAUCCAGAUUGAUCGCAGUGUCACCGGGGGCAACAAACAAGGGAAGCUCACAAUUAAAACUACCGACAUGGAAACGAUUUACGACAUGGGAACCAAAAUGAUCGACUCGAUGACGAAGGAACGUGUGAUGGCGGGCGAUGUUAUUUCCAUCGAUAAAUCUUCCGGUAAAAUCACAAAACUAGGCCGAUCAUACGCUCGCUCGCGAGACUACGACGCCAUGGGUGCAGACACCAAAUUCGUUCAAUGUCCCGAGGGAGAGUUGCAAGUUCGCAAGGAGAUCGUGCACACGGUCAGCCUGCACGAAAUCGAUGUGAUUAAUUCACGCUCGCAAGGAUUCCUGGCGCUCUUCUCGGGAGACACUGGCGAAAUUCGCAGUGAGGUCCGGGACCAGAUUAACACUAAGGUGGCUGAAUGGAAAGAAGAAGGAAAGGCCGAAAUUAUUCCUGGCGUUCUGUUCAUCGAUGAGGUCCACAUGCUGGACAUUGAAUGUUUUUCGUACAUCAACCGUGCCCUCGAGGCUGAGCUUGCCCCUAUCGUCAUCAUGGCAAGCAACCGCGGUCAGGCAAAGAUCCGUGGCACCACAUACACAUCCCCUCACGGCCUUCCUCUCGACUUCCUCGACCGUGUUGUCAUCGUGAGCACUCAGCCUUACUCUGCCGACGAAAUUCGUCAAAUUUUGGCAAUUCGUGCGCAGGAAGAGGAGAUUGACGUUUCACCGGAUGCGCUCGCUCUUUUGACGAAGAUCGGGCAGGAGUCAAACCUGCGCUAUGCCAGCAACAUCAUUACUACCUCACAUCUUUUGAGUCAAAAGCGCAAAGCCAAAGAGGUUAGCAUUGAGGACGUUCAGCGCAGCUUCCGACUCUUUUAUGAUCCCGGUCGGAGCGUCAAGUUCGUCAAUCAGUAUGAACAGCGUUUUAUUGGCGAUCAGGGAGCUGUCAAUUUCUCAGCUGCUGCGAAUAGCGACGCUAUGGAGAUUUCUUAG